AUGCUGGCGAACAUAGUGGACCUCUCCAGUGACGAUUCGGAUUCCCGCGUUGGACCAACGAGCCACAGAAUACGAAGAAGGGCACUGAAGCGUGUCGACAGCGACGACGAAAAUUCUGCACCAAAAAAUCACAGAGUGAGGGAAGAAAUGACGGCAACACCCAUUGAACUGGACUCAGAAGAUGAGGCAGAGCUUGUUGAUGCGACGACAAGGAAAAGAGAAGCAGAAACUGAUGACGAUGAAGAUGAAGAUGACGAUGACGGUUUCGAAAUAAUCGAGUCUACUCAAAGUGCUAUUGAUGCGUCUUUAAAGCACGAGAACAAGGCAAAAAGCUUGAAAGACGUGACAUGCCCGAUUUGUCUCUCUGAAAUUGACGAUGCAGUUGUGACUCCAUGUGGACAUUUAUUUUGUACGGACUGUCUUUACCAGGCUCUUCCAAGCUCUAAAGGAAGAAACAGGGACUCUGGGAUUUGUCCCUUGUGCCGUAAAAUGGUGAAGUUAAAAGAUCUGACGCAUUUGAAGAUACGGGUUAAGGUGAUUACGUGA